AUGGCGCAAAAGAUCCAGCUACCGUACACUCUUCAGACAGACGUGGGCAUGGUCCUGGAUGCGGGAUUUCCUGCAAUUCGAUACUUUCCGGACAUUUCCCGUUCAUAUUCUGAACUCCCGUCUUCGGCAACCGUUCGUCUUCCCCAUGUCAUGUCACCCAGCGAGAGGUUUCAAAACUCCUUGGAAGAAUACGCGGACCUAGACUUCGCGGACCAAGACUGGUUCUCCUCAGCCCAUACCCCAAUCACUAAAACUGCCAUCGCAUGCAUCCGUCAAAAUAACGCGCCCAAGAGAAGUCAUUUAAACGGAACGGAGGGCGACAUCGAUCGCUUCCUCCACAACAUCAAUGCCUGCCGGAACGGGACCAUGGACAUCUACCUCCUCAUCAAGCUGAUCAAGUCACGAACCCGCCUAGACCUCGAGCAGGCCGCCGCCGCAGUCGUCUCGGCAUUCGUCAACGCAGGCCGCCUCGACGACGCCGAGCUCCUACUCAGGGAGCUCACCGGCGUGCUAGCCCGGAACCGGCGCCAGACCCACUCCCAGCACGCCAUGGAGGCCCUUGCCCAUUGCGCCGAAAAGGUGUACGCCUGGUGCAAGAAGUCGUGCGUAGACGGCGAGACCAAGCUCGGCCCAAGCCGCCCGCAGAACCACGCCGAGCUCGUCGGCCUGCUCCUCAGGAUCCGGCGCGUCCGCCCGCGCAACAGGUGCCUGUACAUCCCGGCAUGGCUGUUCCGCGAGGCGGGCAUCGACCCGCCCGGCGACCACGCCGCGUACCUGGACGGAUAUCAGGCCAAGCUCGCGGCGCGCGGCGAGUCGCGCCAGGGGAUCCUCGGGUACCAGUGGCCGCAGGUGGAACCCGAUGACGGCAGCAUCGUGCUGUCCAAGCGCAUGUUCCGCCGGGUGCAGACGCGCAUCUACCGGUUGUACCGGUUCUGGAACCCAGCGGAGCGCCUGCGGCGCGGGGUCUGCCGCCUCGAGGAAUCGGUGCUGUAUGCGGCCGAGUGGGUGAAUCGGCGGCUGCGGGAGACGGACGAUGUGGCGAAGGUGGCGUGCUGGUUCUUUGCUUAUCAGCGCCGGUUGCAGCUGAAGGUCGUGAGCGACGACAGCUGCACGCGAUUCCUCGCCAAGGGCGAGGGUGGGACACUAUACCAGAACAAUCUGGGGAUGAAGUCGACGUUCGAGGAGGUGCUGGCGCGCGUUGCAGGGUUAGGGGAGAGUGACGGUCUUGGAGCUGGGUCCAAUGACACGGUCGAGUUGAUUGACCGCACUUGUUUCCUCAUGAGGGACUACGUGGACGUUUAUGGAGAGGGCAAGAAGGAGAACCUAAUCUUCUCCAAGGAACAACGAGGCGGGAAAGGACGCGGCCCGGACCAGGGAAUUGAGAAGGUUCCGGGCCCGGUGUACAAGUUUCUGGCGAAGGAUAUCAUGCAUUGGAAUAAUGCAUGGGGCGACGAUGCCUUUGCAGGCGGCAAAGUACACGGCUGGGAGGACUGGUUGAGGAACAAGGAGGUUGAUACGAGGCAAAAUGAUACCCUAGCCACUUAA